AUCUAUCCUACCACGAAAGAACUGUCCAAUCUGAAUUUACGUAUAUACGACUAAACUUAGAACUUUGGUGACCGUCGGCACUAUGGCGCAGAUAAUUGAGAAGAUUCCCGACAUUCUCGGCACGCUUGUAAUUAAUGAAGAUGGCGCCGUUAUCUCGUCUACGGGAGAACUCCAGAACGAGGAACAUGCAGCGAAGUCUGUGAUGAGCAUGCUUCAAGCCAGCAGUAGAGGUCAACUAACAUCUGAUGGUAGUCAGCAGUUUAAGCGCAUGUCAGUGGUAUUUGACACCUUCAUGUACGUCGUGACCUUGUCCAACAAGCGCGUGUACGUCGCAAAGCGUGGGUACAACCCACAGGAGCCUGUUCUUGCAUAGAUCAACAACCUCUCCC